ACUAAUCACGCUUAGCGAUUUAGUCUCCCCCCUCCCCUCCCCUCCCUUCCCUUCUCCUCUGCAGCCCACCACCUCUUCUUCCUCCUCCCUGCGCUGCUGCUCCCUCCCUUUCCCCCACGGUCCUCCCGCCGCCCGAAUCCGCGGCUCCGCAGCCGGAGCCCGAGCACGCCGCGCGCACGAAGCCGGAUCUGCGGCCGCGAUGGAGGCGAUUGGCGCGUGAUUCUCCGAGGGAGGCGGGGCUGCUGGUGAGGCUUUCGCCGGCGUGAUGGCGCCGCCGGAGGAGGCCGGCGGCGGGGACCAGUUCCCGGUGGGGAUGAAGGUGCUAGUCGUCGACGACGACCAGACGUGCCUCGCCGUGCUCAAGAGGAUGCUCAUCCAGUGCCGCUACGACGCUACAACUUGUUCUCAGGCUACGAGAGCAUUAGCUAUGCUGCGAGAGAACAGGGGUGCUUUUGAUGUUAUAAUUAGUGACGUUCACAUGCCUGAUAUGAAUGGGUUCAGGUUACUUGAACUUGUAGGCCUUGAGAUGGACCUUCCUGUUAUUAUGAUGUCUGCUGAUUCAAGGACAGAUCUAGUAAUGAAAGGGAUAAAACAUGGAGCAUGUGAUUAUUUGAUUAAACCUGUCAGGAUGGAAGAGUUAAAAAACAUCUGGCAACAUGUUGUGAGGAAAAAGUUUGGUGGAAACAAGGAGCAUGAGCAUUCAGGUAGCCUAGAUGAUACCGAUCGGAACAGACCGACCAAUAAUGAUAAUGAGUAUGCUUCCUCUGCAAAUGAUGGAGCUGAGGAUAGUUGGAAAUCUCAGAAAAAGAAACGGGAUAAAGAAGAGGAUGACAGUGAAUUGGAAAGUGGCGAUCCUUCUAAUAAUUCGAAGAAACCAAGAGUUGUUUGGUCAGUUGAGCUCCAUCAACAAUUUGUAAAUGCAGUUAAUCACCUCGGGAUAGACAAAGCUGUUCCCAAGAAAAUUUUGGAGUUAAUGAAUGUCCCUGGUUUAACUAGGGAAAACGUUGCCAGCCAUUUGCAGAAAUUCAGAUUGUAUCUGAAAAGGAUAGCUCAGCAUCACGCAGGAAUGGGCAAUCCAUAUGGUGUGCCUGCUUCUAGUGCUCAAGUGGCCUCCUUGGGAGGACUAGAUUUUCAAGCUUUGGCUGCUUCAGGUCAAAUCCCUCCUCAAGCCCUCGCAGCUUUGCAGGAUGAGCUCCUAGGGCGACCUACGAACAACUUGGUGUUGCCUGGAAGGGACCAGUCAUCUUUACGACUUGCUGCAGUCAAAGGAAAUAAGCCCCAUGGAGAGCAAAUAGCAUUUGGGCAGCCGAUAUACAAGGUUCAGAAUAAUUCAUAUGCGGCAUUACCCCAAAACAGCCCUGCAGUUGGAAGAAUGCCUUCUUUUUCAGCUUGGCCCAAUAACAAACUUGGUAUGGCAGAUUCAAUGAGCGCACUGGGUAAUGUGAAUAAUUCUCAGAAUAGCAAUAUAGGUUUGCACGAAUUGCAACAGCAGCCAGAUACCAUGCUGUCAGGAACCCUCCACACUCUAGAUGUCAAACCUUCUGGCAUAGUUAUGCCAUCUCAGUCAUUAAAUACUUUCCCAGCUAGCGAGGGUCUCUCUCCUAAUCAAAAUCCCUUGAUUGUACCCUCUCAAUCGUCAGGUUAUCUGACAGGCAUUCCUCCAUCCAUGAAGCCUGAACUUGUUCUCCCAACUUCUCAGUCAUCAAACAAUCUAUUAGGUGGGAUUGAUCUGAUUAACCAAGCUUCAACCAGUCAGCCUUUCAUUAGUAGCCACGGAGGAAAUCUUUCUGGUCUCAUGAACCGCAACUCAAAUGUGAUACCAUCACAAGGAAUAAGUAACUUUCAAACUGGUAAUACUCCGUAUCUGGUUAAUCAGAAUUCGAUGGGAAUGGGCUCUAAACCACCCGGUGUCCUAAAGACUGAGAGCACUGACUCUCUUAACCAAAGCUAUGGUUAUGUCAACCAUAUGGAUUCCGGCUUGCUGUCUUCUCAGUCAAAAAAUGCACAAUUUGGUUUUCUGCAGAGUCCAAAUGAUGUCACAGGUGGCUGGUCUUCUUUGCAAAAUAUGGAUUGCUUUAGAAAUACUGUUGGGCCAAGUCAGCCAGUGUCCAGUUCGUCUAGCUUUCAUAGUUCUAAUGCAGCCCUUGGGAAAUUGCCUGAUCAAGGACGAGGAAAAAACCUUGGAUUUGUUGGGAAGGGUACUUGCAUCCCAAACCGCUUUGCAGUGGAUGAGAUCGAAUCUCCAACUAACAGCUUGAGUCACAGCAUUGGAAGCAGUGGAGACAUCCCUGACAUGUUUGGGUUUAGUGGACAGAUGUGAAGGCUUCUUGGAUUUGUAAGUAGGGUAAUCACUGGAAACAAUUUAGUGGUUUGAUGAAUGGUUGCUCUUAUUUUUCAUUUCAUCUUCUUUUUUUCUCUGUAAUUGGUUUAUAAAGGGAAUAAUUUAUGUGACAGCAUGUCGAAUCUUGGUUUAUAGAAAGUUGUUGGUUUUAAA